CCCUGACAGGAAGUGAAAACAGGAUGGUGAGCUUUUCUGGUGCUUGUGACACAGCUGUCAGGGGACUCAGCAAACAGUCUGCAGUUUCUGGAGCUGCUCUGAGCUGUUGGCAAACACUGGUCUGAAGAGAGAUUCGAAGACUUCAUGAAGUUGCAGGGGUUCUUCUAAAGUCCAACUCUCUGAUUAGGAUGGUACAGCCCCUGCCAUAGCUGUGGUACAAGAGUAAAUAGUAUCCUGUUCCUUCUGAAAAUUCCCUCUUGGUGUCUGGUGUAGCUUAGAGCAUCCCAAUGUCCAUGGGUGGCCCAUUGGGGUGGCCAGCCCUGCUCUCCCUGCUUUUGGUGGUGGCGAUACCUUUUUUCUGCUCAGCCAUAUCCAUAGAUGAAGCACGAACCCAGCUGUUGAUGAGAGAGAAGAUGCUGCAGCUUGGGGGGCAGCUGGUGCUGACCAAGCAAGAGGAGCUGGCCAAUGAGAGGCUCAUGGCUCUCAAAAAGGCUGAGGUGGUGCAGGCCAUGAAGAUCCAGAAUUUCCCUCCCAGCAUGCACUUCUUCCAGGCCAAGAAUCUCAUCGAGAAAAGUCAGGUGUUUAGUAUCCUGAAGAAGAUGCCAAAAGGGGCUGCCUUACAUGUCCAUGACUUCGGCAUCCUGAGCAUGAACUGGCUGGUGAAAAAUGUCACCUAUAGGCCCCACUGCCAUUUCUGUAUCACCCCGAAGGGGGCCCUGUCAUUCAAAUUUGCUUAUCCAACACCCCCUACCCCUAUGCCAGCAGAGUGUUCAGAGUGGGUUUUGCUGGAGAAGUAUCGAAAGGAGAUGCAGAACGUCACUGAGUUUGACAACGGACUGCUAAGGAAUUUCACGCUGAUGACCGAGAACCCAGAGGUGGAUUAUGCCAACCAAAAUAUCGUCUGGUCCAAGUUUCAAAGCAUCUUCUUCACGAUCUCUGGCCUUGUCCACUAUGCACCAGUGUUCAGAGACUAUAUCUUCCAGGCUCUGGAGGAGUUCUACCAGGACAAUGUGCUCUAUCUGGAGCUCAGAGCCAUGCUGCUCCCGGUAUAUGAACUGAAUGGGACCAUCCAUAACCAGGAGUGGUCAGUGAGGACUUACAGAGAAGUGGCUUAUAUGUUUGCGAAAAAGCAUCCUGGAUUUAUUGGAAUCAAACUCAUUUAUUCAGAUCGCAGAUUCAAAAAUGUGUCCUUCAUCAUGAAAUCCGUCCAAACGGCUAUGAUGCUUCGGGCCACAUUCCCCAGGAUGGUGGCAGGCUUUGACCUGGUGGGGCAUGAGGACACUGGCCAUACCUUGUAUGACUACAGGAAGGCUUUGAUGAUACCCACCUUGCAGGGCAUUAAACUGCCUUACUUUUUCCAUGCUGGAGAGACAGACUGGCAGGGUACUUCCAUAGAUAGAAAUCUUCUGGAUGCUCUAAUACUGAACUCUACCAGGAUUGGCCAUGGAUUUGCUUUGACCAAACACCCAGCAGUCUGGGCUGACUCCUGGAAGAAGAACAUCCCCAUAGAAGUUUGUCCCAUCUCCAACCAGGUUCUGAAACUGGUGUCUGACUUGAGAAAUCACCCUGCUGCUGUUCUGAUGGCCACUGGGUACCCCAUGGUGAUCAGCUCUGAUGACCCAGCUGUCUUUGGUGCCAAAGGCUUAUCCUAUGAUUUCUAUGAGGCCUUCAUGGGCAUUGGGGGAAUGGCAGCUGAUCUGAGGACCCUUAAACAGCUGGCUAUGAACUCUAUCAAGCUCAGCACCUUGUUGGAUACUGAGAAAAAGGCUGCCAUGAAAACCUGGGAGGAAAGAUGGAAUAAGUUUGUAGCCGACCUGGCUAGGAGGCCAAAGUGAAUUGUCUGGUCUGGAAAAACUAAAUGGGCAGGGACACCAAGAGUCCCUGACAUGCCAGGCUUAUUGUAUAAGUCCCUAUUAUCUGGCCCCUGAUGAAUGCCCAGGUCCAGCCCCAUCCUGGAACUUUUCAUCAGCUGGCAUAGCUCCCAGGGAAGGGCAGGGAGACUUCUCAAACUGAGGGAAUGUUGUUGGAGAGGCAAAUCAUCCUGUUUCCCAGCAGGUGAGAAUUUGGGAUCCAGCCUUAGGGAAAACCAUGGAACAUUUUUCUUUUUAUCUUGAAAUAAUGUGAAACCUUCAGAAAAGUCACAAGAACAGUACAAAGAACUCUAACAUACUCCUUAUCUAGGUUCCCCAAUUAUUGACAUUUACAACAUUUGCUAUACCCUUCUCUCUGCAUAUAUAUCUGUAUCUCUUUU